CAAAAUGGAAAGCGCCCACCCGGUUUCGGUCGGUCAGAUUUUAAACAAUAGAUAUGAAAUCACCAAACAACUCGGAUCAGGUCAAUACUCGACUGUUUGGUUGGCUAGGGAUAAGAUACUGGGAUCCUACAGCGCGGUCAAAAUUCUUCGUGAACAUUGUGACGGUGGCGAAAAUGAGACCUUCGAGCUGGAUAUCUUGAAACGUCUUAGCGAAGGCAAUCCAGACCAUACUGGUUACCAGCAUAUCACUCGUCUUCUCGAUCAUUUCAUUUACAACCACCAUCUAUGUCUCGUCCUGAAGCCUACGGCGGAAAACAUCAAAGAUUUUUGUCUCUUCUUUGAGGAUGCUAGAAUCCCUGCCUCCAUCAUGAAACGGAUAGCGAAACAGUUACUUUCUGCGUUGGAAUAUGCUCAUUCAUUGGGAAUUAUCCACACCGAUAUAAAACAAGACAAUAUCAUGGUAAAAAUCAGAGAUGAGUCUAUCAUCGAGGAGCAUCUUCAAAACCCAGGAAAUAGUCUCGGGGAGCUCAAUUUCGAUGAUCGCAACGACUUCUCUGAAAUUCAAGUCGUCCUUGGUGACUGGGGGACGGCGAGCUGGGAAUCACGCCACUUGACAGAAAUCAUACAGCCAAGACUUCUUCGAGCUCCCGAAGUCUUAUUGCAAGCACCAUGGGGCAAGGAAGUUGAUAUAUGGAACCUAGGCGCUCUGCUCCCCGAGCUCCUCGAUACGGUGCAAAUGUUUUCCGGCCGAGCUACCGCGACUGGUGGUAUUUAUCACAUUAAACAUCACAUUGAGGAAAUUGACGCCCUGUUUGGUCCAUUCCCUUCUCAUCUCCUGGAGAAAGGAAGCCCAGAGAUUGUACAGAGGCUAUUCAAUGAAAGCCUGCAAAUCAGAGACCCCAUUGAACGUCCGCCGGCUAGCCUCGACAGGUGGAUUCAGUGUCUGAGUGGGAAGGAAAAGCACAACUUUCUCUUGCUGCUUCGGUCCAUGAUGACGAUAGAUCCAAAAAAUCGAAUGACCGCUCAGUCACUGCAGAAUGAGCUUUGGCUUACAAGCCAAUAGGUCUUGUUGAGCUUCUGCGAAGGGUGCGAUAUUUCAUGAGCUGCCACUGGAUGUGAGCAUCUGACCGUUUCUUGCGAAUAAAUGAGUGUUUUGCUUUAAUCGUUAAUGCCAUACAUCCCAUUCUGUGGAUCUCGUGAAGGCUUAUUUGCCUGUAGAAAGAUCAGUGAAACUAGCACCU